AUGGCUAGUGGCAGUGCUUUCGAAUCGGACUCUUCGUCUACUCAAAACCGCCACAAUAAAUCGGAGUCAGCAGAUGUUGACGAAUAUAUCCCGGAACCAUUCGAAGGUAAUGACUUAGAAUUGGAUGCAAAACAAAAUGAUGCAGGCGAAAAUGCUGCAGAUUUAUCAAGACAUAUGCUGAACGCUGUAGCUUCUAGAGAAAUAUCUAGAAAAUUAACUGGGGGAGAAAAAUUAUUAGAAAAGGCGAAUAAUACCAAUGAGCCAAUGCCAGUGAUGGGCGGUGGUAGAGACUAUCCACCUCCAAUUGGAGAUAGAGAGAUUUACUCGGUGACUUUUGAUGGACCAAAAGAUCCAGAACAUCCUCAUAACUGGCCACUUAAAACUAAAUUGAUACUUUGUUGGUGCGUGGCUAUUUUAGCACUUAGUGCCUCCGUCGGUUCUGCUAUUUUCGCUGAAGCAGGAGCGGAUGUUAAAAAGGUAUUCCACGUCGGAAGAGAAGUGGCUACAUUGGGUACAUCGUUGUAUGUUUUUGGAUUUGCAUCUGGUCCAGUUGUUUGGGGUCCAUUGUCCGAAUUAUACGGAAGAUUCACCGUUAUGAUUCCAGCUUGUUUCAUUUUUGCAUGUUUUUCAUUUGCAUGUGCUACAGGUAAAGAUAUCCAAACAAUUUUGCUUUGUAGAUUCUUUUCGGGGUUCUUCGGGGCAGCUCCAAUGGUUGUCGCUCCUGCUUCAUUAGCUGAUUUAUUCAGUGCUGGAUCAAGAGGUAAAGCAUUGGCAGUUUUUGCGCUGGUUUUAUUUGGUGGGCCAAUGUUAGGGCCCAUUUUCGGUGGUUUCACUGUGAAGAAUAGUCUCUUGGGUUGGAGAUGGUGUGAAUAUUUCACAGGUUUAGUCGGUAUUCUUGCAUUGCUUUUUAGUAUUCCCCUUCACAAGGAGACUCAUCACCCUUUGAUCUUAGUCAGUAAGGCUGAGAACUUAAGAAGAAGAACUGGAAAUUGGGCUAUUCAUGCUCCUCACGAAGAAUUCGUUUUAUCAAUUAACGAAAUUGUUACAAAGAACAUUGCAAGACCUAUGGUCAUGUUGUUCACUGAGCCCAUUCUUUUCUUCAUCACUUUGUAUAAUGCCUUUAUCUACGGGUUGCUUUAUCUUAUGCUUACAGCCAUUCCAAUGGUGUUUGAGGGGCAAUACGGUUGGAAAGUUGGUGAAGCCCAAUUGCCAUAUCUUUCCAUGUUGAUUGGUAUUUUAAUUGGGGUUGUAAUUUGUAUCUACUUCGAAGGAAAAUUCAAUGCCAAUAUGAUUGCUAAUGGGAAAGCAUGUCCAGAAGAUAGAUUACCUCCAAUGAUGAUUGGAGGUGUUCUCUUUGCUAUUGGUUUGUUCUGGUUCGGUUGGACUGGUAACUACCCAGAUAAGAUUCACUGGAUCGUUCCAACGAUUUCCUUAGCAUUCAUUGGAUGUGGAUUGUUAGCAAUUUUCUUGCCAUGCAUUAAUUAUAUUGUCGAUUGUUACUUGAUGUUUGCUGCAUCUGCAUUAUCUGGUAAUACCUUCUUAAGAUCAUUGUUUGGGGGUAUUUUCCCACUUUUUUCGGUUCAAAUGUUUGAAGCUAUGCAUAUUAGAUAUGCUGGUACUUUGUUAGGUUGUGUUGCACUUAUUUUAGUGCCGGUUCCAUUCCUUUUCUACUACAAAGGUUCAAGUUUAAGAAAAAGAUCAAAGUACACUAUCAGCGAUAUUCAGUAG